AUGGGCACGUUUUGGCGUCUGAAACUUAAGACCAUAAAAGAAGCCAAUGGGUUGGAGGCGAAGAAUGACUCGCUGCUGGUUUCUGCGCUCGCCUUCGCCAGCCUCGCCUUUUUUACCGAUUUUCUGGUGAUAUCGAUUACCGACGACAACUGGAAAUUGAAUACCGUCAUCGGCAAUGUGGCCAAUACUUUUAGAAAGUAUAUGAGCAAUCUUAUCGUCAGGCAGGUUGCUGACGCCGUA